AUGGCAGCCGCCAAGUCUUCCAUUGCAACGGAAUUAUCAUCAUCAGCAUUGCCUGGAAAUGGAGAAAAGAAGAAAGAUCCCGCGCCACUCUAUAUUACCAUUGGACCUCAGUGUUGUGGGAAGACGACUGUGUUGAAAGAUAUUGAUGGGCUGCAGGAUGUUUGUCUUGACGAUCAAUUGGAUGUCUACGUGUCCAUUGCCACACAACAAUGGUUGACUUUGAUAACGACGAAAGCAAGUCCAAAUAGCAACAGCAACAGCAACAACAACAACAACGAUGUCCACAACAAAGAAGAAGAAUCAUCGACAAUACCACAAGAGUUGCAACGGCAAGUACAAGGAAAGACACUUGCUCAACGAAUACAGAAUGAUAAUCCCGAGUUGAAUCUCAUUUUGAAACGCUGGAACGGUGACCUAUCUACAACCGAGUUUGCAGAUGCCCUUUCCCAGCAUUACUCCAACAAUGUCCAUUCUAGAAACAAUCAAAGAAGAAAUGAUGGCGAGACUUCACCUGAUGUAGCAGCAGUGCUCAUUUCAGUGGUGGAAGGCUUCUUGUCCAAAGACGACCCUCAACUUCCAACUAAUACAGACGUCUUUUGCUUGGAGUCCCUCUUCAAACCUCAUACCAAGACCAACCAAUCGGCCAUUCAAGUGGCUCAUUAUCUAGUAAAGGCAGCAUCACCAGAGAUUCCAUUGGCGUGGGGAAAUACCAACUCCAAGGCCAAGGACUUCCAACAAGUCUUGGAUAUUGCUUGUUUGACCAACCGACCUGUUCAUUUUGUGCUGUGUCAUCCUACUUGGAAACUGGAAGAGGAUGACAAGCAGCAGCACAACAUACCAUGGGUAGAAUUCUCCACCUUGUUAUCUAGAAACUUGAAACGACUGCAGGCUACCGGCCGAUACAUUCCAGCCAAUUCGAUUUUUGAUUGCUGCCAGCGCAUUCAAGAUCAGUUGAUUCCAUCAGAUUGCAAAUCUUCGUGGGACGUCGAACAAGCCUUGGUAUAUCAGUCGACGCAGCCAGUCCGGCGUCACGAGAAACCACUGCCCUUUCGAUACCGAUUGACUCGAGACCGUCUGAUACAAAAGGAAUAUCCCGAGCGCCGACCCCCUCAACAUCGUCGUCAAGACCAGCGACGGGAGUAUUCGACUAACGAAGAACGACAAUAUUCAAAGGGACGACCGCCACGACCACAGCAACAGCGGCCACAGUACAAUGGUCGCCCACAACAAAAUCGUGGCCCACCGCAAGAUGUUCGACGUUUCGACAAUCGGCGAGGAUACCGUGACGAGGAUCGGUCUAGAAGGGCAGGACGAGGAGGUUACAAUGAUGAUCGUUAUGCUAGAGAUGGUCGUGGUAGGGGCAAAGAUGAUCAAAGUCGGCCACAGGACCGAGGACAGUCACCAAGAGGGAAGCGCGGCUAUCAGGAUCAGCGAGACGGGAACUCGUAUCCUUCUGAAGAUAAUGGUAGUAAUAAAAGGUAUAGAAGAUGA